CGGAGAUUGCAAUAUAUACCUUCUUAACACUUCGCCUGCCCAGGACUCAGUCGGUGUCUCUGCCUCUCCAACAACUCUGCCUGCUUAAGAUAACUUCAGGAUCCUGCAGCUAACAUGGCCACUGAGAAGAGGCUGUCUGCGAGGCGUAAGCAUACUCUGAAGAGCUGUAUGCUGGUGGUAGCGAACAAUUUGCUGGAUGCUGAAGCAACAGUGAAAGCUGGAGAAAGGGAGAAGUUCCUGGCAGAGAAAUGUCCUCCUUUGGAGCUGCCGUACUCCAAGGAUGAGCUUGUGGAACUUUGCCAGAAACUUCAUGAGCAAAUUGACAUCAGUGAAGAAGAGAGAUACAGCAUGGAGUUUAAACUCAACAUGGUACUGAAUGAGGUCAGAGACCUUAACAUUAAGAUUGUGGAUUUGAGGGGAAAGUUCAAGAGGCCCCGGCUGAAGAAAGUGCGUAUGUCUGCUGACGCCAUGCUGAAAGCUCUGCUGGGCUCCAAACACACAGUCAACAUGGACCUGAGGGCCAACCUGAAGCAGGUCAAGAAGGAGGUGAAAGAGGAGGACAAGCAGUUGCGUGAUGUUGGUGACUGGCGUAAGAACAUUGAAGACAAGUCUGAUAGGAAGAAGAUGUUUGACAGUUAAAUAUUAUUUGUCAUCUGCUGUUGGAAUUCAGGAGUGACUUUCAGGACAGAAUUCAGGUCUAAUGUCUUUGUAAUUGAAGAGUUUACCCCAAAAUGCUGAUUAUUCACCUUCAUUUAAAUUUUUGUUGAGGUUCCACUUGGAGACAAGUUGUAGUUCUUCCUAAGCGUUUGUUGUGGUAAAGCAAGUGAUAAAUGGCCUUUAUCUACUCAGUUGGAUUACAAGUACUUCUGUUCAGAGCAUUAGUUAAGUUGAGUUUCCAAAAUGUGAAAAAUCUGUAUUGUGCGCUGAGAUUGAUAGUUCUAUAGUUGUUGGAUAUCUCAAUUUGGAGGAAACUCUUCAGUUGAAUCUAAGCUGUCUUCUGCUUUUGCCUGUAUUGAAACUUUACUGUGAUGUAUUUGUACUGGAUGUACUGCUGUCAGUUAGUACGAGUGAUGAAACUAUCCUAGGUUUCAUCUGUAAAGACUGACUUAUGCUUCUGUAUCAAAAUACUGGUCAAGCUACAAUGCAACCUUUUCAACACUACAGUCGGUGUGUUUCCAUCGUUCCAUGAAAAGAGUUAGUGAAUGAACUGUGAAAUGUCUCUCAAGCUUCCAGUGAUGAGGACAGAGUAAACUGUAAGCUUCCACAUGCAUGAACACAAAUACCAUAUUUCCUUAAUGCUUUUGACAUUUGUCUUCAACAGUUUAGUAACACCGAACUGCAGAGUUAGUAGUUCAUCUCUUCAAACCAUCUCAUACUAUUAAAUGAUGGCAUUUUUCUUUGCUGAUUUUUGCAAAAUUCUUCAGAAGUGAGAAAAAAUUACACUUACAUGUCUUUUUUUGAAAGAGAAACUUUAACAUUAACUUAAUCAGAAAUACAGUCAAGACAUUGUUAAUGUGGUAAAUGAUUAUUUUUGCUGGAAAUGGCAGAUUUUUUAUGGAAUAUCUACAUAGGGGUACAGAGGCCCAUUUCCAACAAUCAUCACUCCUGUGGUGUAAUGGUACCUUGUGGUAGCUAGUGGUGUUGAAAGGUAACUGAUGAUUAGACAACCCUUGUGCAAUUAUGUUAGCACGUGAAUAAAAGUGUGAGUUUUCAUGAAAAACAUGAAAUUGCCUGGGUGACCCCAAACUUUUGAAUGGUAGCGUAUAUUUGAAUGGAAACCUAGGUCAUUGUGUCUCUACAGACACAAAGGUGGCUGCACUGUAACAGUCUGUUGCUAUGAAAUCAAUUCAGGUAUUGUGAUCAGGUUACUUCCAAUCUGCAAUUGUGGCUCCUUUGUUGCAGAAGUAUAAAUCAGUGGACAAUUUUUAUUAAACAACAUGUUCAUUCAGUUUCAUGUGUCUAAAAGAAAAUGUGUUGUCAUUUCCUCAUAUUUAUGCUGUUACAUUAAAUACAAAUGCUUCAUGUUCA